AUGACCGCGGAUCCGGAAAGUCGGCCUAGCAGCUCUGAAGGAGCACCUGGAUUUCCGCUGCACGAGAAAGAGACGGAAAAGGAACCUAUUAAGGUCGAAAAGGAGGAGAAUCUGGAAGACAACAAGAAUAAUGGAGAGAGCAGGGAGGAAUUGGUGAAGGCAACACCGGAAUCUGGCGAAGAUGGGCUUGAGGAAGGUGAAACGUCUUCUGCGCCACCACUACCAGAUGAGGUCCCACCACCGCUUCCGAACGAGGCACUACCGGAUCAAGCAGAGGACGAUGGAUGGGAGCCAGUCUGGGAUGCCGACACCCAAGCGUAUUAUUUCUACAACCGCUUUACUGGUGUUUCGCAGUGGGAGAACCCUCGCGUGCCGUCAGCCACGGCAGCGCCCAAUGGGGAUACUGGCGGUGAAGCAAAUGCAGAGGUACCGCACAAGAAGUCUCCCGUGGUAGGCGGCUAUAACCCCGCAAUCCACGGCGAUUAUGAUCCUACAGCCCCGUACGCGCAGCAGUAUGAACAGCAGCAUCAAGACGCGUACGGGGCCAGUGCCCCUGGAGUAGACCCUGCAGCUGCGUAUGCAGCCACUGGUGCAUUCAACCGGUUCACUGGCAAAUGGCAGGCGGGAUAUCUCACACCGGAGAACUACAACGACGAGAAUAAGGCGCGACGACAGAUGCGGGCAUUCUUUGAUGUCGACGCCGCCGCAAAUAGCCACGAUGGGAGGAGUCUCAAAGCAGAGCGCAGCGCCAAAAAACUUAGCAGGAAAGAAUUGAAGUUGUUUAAAGAAAAAAGGCGGGAGAAAAAGGAAGAGAAACGGCGGGCAUGGUUGCGCGAUUAA